UAGUUGGAAAAGGUGUAAUGUGAUGUAGAGAAUCACACAAAAUUUGUUGUUUUUUAUUUGCUUAUUGGAAUAUUUGUGCGAAAUUUGUAAUGAAAAUUUGUGUAAAAUACUAAGUGACGUGCCGUAGUUAAAAAACCAUGACGAUUAAUACCCCGUUUCGGGAGUUAAGCGACCUUUAAAUUUCUUGACCUGGGCCAAGUUAUCCAUGUUUGGUUUUAGGAAAAAUAAUACGUAAAUUUUUUUAUUUUUAUUUAAAUUUUUCUUCCGGGAUUUUGUAACAAAGAAUCACCCGUAAAAAUGAUCGUGACCAAAGGCAGUAUAUUCAACUACAGCAUACUCUUCUACAUACUUCAUUAUGUAGGGCAAGACACCGACGCAGCCGUGGCUCAUACUGCGCCUAUUACCACCCAAUGUGAGUACUACAAUAGUACAUGCAAUGGGGCAGGCUAUCCGGGGUGCAUGGAAGUAGAGGAAUGUGGACAUCCAGUGGAGGGACAACAAAAUCAUUGCUAUGUACUGUGGUCUAUACAAGAGGAUGGCACAGUGAACGUAUCUCUCAAGGGAUGUUUUCUUAAUGCCGCUGAUUGUGUGAACCAAACGAAAUGUGUCGAAAAAGACCAGAACCCCAAGAACAACUUGUUGUUCUGCUGUUGUGAGGGUAACAUGUGUAAUACUAAUUUUAGUUGGGAACCGUCACCUACGGAAGCUUCUCCUAGUACUGCAGUACCAACUCACGAAUCUGUGGGUUUCAAUUACUACUACAUCAUUCUGAUUAUAUUUGGAAUACUUUUCAUCAUAUUUGUGACAGCAGCUACAUUCUUUUGGACAAAGCGGAACAAGCCCUACUUCAAUGGGUUACCAACCUCAGAACCGAACCCAAUGCCUCCGCCAUCUCCGUUCUUAGACACGAGACCGAUCCAGUUGUUGGAGAUAAAGGCCAGGGGAAGGUUUGGCGCUGUGUGGAAGGCGCAGUUGAAAACCGAAGAAGUGGCCGUCAAAAUAUUUCCCAUACAGGACAAGCAAUCCUGGCAGACGGAGCAGGAGAUAUUCAAGUUACCGUAUAUGGAGCAUCCCAAUAUUUUGCAUUACAUCGGGGUGGAGAAACGUGGCGAUAACCUCCAAGCAGAGUUCUGGUUGAUCACCGCAUACCACGAAAGGGGAUCACUGUGCGAUUUCCUCAAAGCUCACACGCUGACUUGGAACGAACUCUGCCGCAUUUCAGAGACCAUGUCGAGGGGUUUAAUGCACUUACACGAAGCGAUUCCUGGAAAAGGUCCGGGAGAAUCCGCGAAGCCUUCCGUAGCUCACAGAGACUUCAAAAGCAAAAACGUGCUGUUGAAGAAUGACAUGACGGCUUGCAUAGCCGAUUUCGGUCUUGCAAUUAUUUUCGAGGCCGGUAAAUCGUGUGGGGACACUCACGGGCAAGUAGGAACAAGAAGGUACAUGGCUCCAGAGGUCCUGGAAGGAGCCAUCAGCUUCACGCCGGACGCCUUCCUCCGCAUAGACAUGUACGCCUGCGGGCUGGUCUUGUGGGAACUGGUGUCGCGGUGUACGGGCCAGGACGGGCCCAUACCCGAGUACAGACUGCCCUUCGAGGAGGAGGUGGGGCAGCACCCUACCCUGGAGGACAUGCAGGAGUCUGUGGUGCAACAGAAGGUCCGGCCUGUCAUCCAGGAGCACUGGAGGCACCAUCCGGGUUUGGCAGCUAUGUGCGACACGAUGGAGGAAUGUUGGGACCACGAUGCGGAGGCCAGACUGUCGGCCUCUUGCGUCAUGGAGCGGGUGAUGCUCCAGAUGAAGUACCAACAGCCAGCCAUAGGGUGGCGGAUCGAAAACGAGACACCACUGACACCGUUGAAGGAGAACAGCAUAUAGGAAUAAGUUGAAGGUGGGAAAUGAACAGUCCGUACCUGCAUCACUAUUAAAGUACCUGCACUGCGCAGCUUGUGUCUUAGUUACCACACUUGCCUACGUUCACCUCAAGCCUAAGUUACUAGCCACUGACAGCUACAGCAGAAAACUGAAAAAAACGUCUCAGCUAUUUUGUACACUUUACAAAGGCAAAUAAUUUUUUUAAACAGAAAAACCAAGCUCCAAACUGAUUUUAUACGAUAUAUUUUUCCACAAAACAUAAAAAAAGUAUCAGGAAAUAGAUGUCCGCCAUGAAUACGUUCGUUCGCUAUUUCCAUACCAAUGUGCCAAUAGACAAUCGGUGAUCUUUCUUUCUCUAAGGUGGAUUUGUACAUACGAUCUUUAGUUUUUAACUGUGUGGUGUUCGGGACACUGGAGCGAGACGAAAACAAAAAAAAAACAAAACUUUGGGUGUGAAAUUUUACUUUUCAAGUAUUUUUUUAAAUAGUUAAUGUAGUAACCAUUUCGAGAUGGUGUACCCAGCUAGACUAAGGUAACAGAUGUUUGUUAGUCGAACGUUUACAGUAUUUUUUUGCUCAACGUUAAAAGGAGUAUCGGGACUUCAACGGCAACUGACGUUCGCUUAAAUCGGAUCAAAUAUCAUACACUAUAACACUAUAAAUAUUAGACUUAUUUUAACUUUAACUGUAUUAAUAAUUUUUGGGAAUAGAAAAAGGAGAAUGCAUCGUACAAUUUACCACAAAGAAAUAUUGUGAACGUUGGGUUUUGUUAUAACUUAUUAAUAUUAUUGCAUAUAUGUUUUUAUUAUUAAUUUGAAGGUGUUGACAGUAUUGUUCCGUUACCGUUAAUUUUAAUCCCUCUCGGGACUAUUGAAAUUUGAUAUAUUUGAUAAAAUACCGUUCUACAGGUUUUUAGAUAGAAAAAAUAUUCUAAAAAAACCGUUUAAAAAAAAUGAAUUUAUAUUUAGGAAUAUUGUGAAAAAUUUAAGAAUAUCUCUGUAAUUCGUAUGUAGGUAGAGAAGUAGGAGAAUGAUUUUCUCUGUAAAUCGUUAACACCUUUGUUUGAUUCGUUACUAACAUAUUUACUAGUAAUCCUAGUAUAAUAUAUGAACUCUGUGCCAUAAAGAAUCCUUUAACAUUUUACUGUGCACAUUUUAAAUAUUGUAAAAAAAUAGAUGUAUGUCAGAAUUUCUAGAUAGAUAUACGGGGUAUUCCUCGAAAUCUCCACCGGUCUUAUCAGUGAAGCCAACGUGUAAUGUAUAUUUAUUGUUUUUGCAAGUGAAAAAACACCAAAUAAACUAUUUUCAAUAAUAGGGUUUACAUUUUGUUUUACUUCGAGGAGUCCCCCGCAUAAUUUUGUGCAAUUAACGUUAAGUUUGACGGGAAAAAUGAUUAUAUAUUUUUAAUAACCGUGUCUGUUUAGAAAAUGUAGAAAAAAGAGUAAAUUGUACAGUUUUUCUAUUUGUUGAAGAAGAAGAAGAAAUCUUCCAGUAGAUCUGGUAAAAAUAUUUUUUGAAUUGUUACAAUUUAUUUUUAUUAAAUGCGGAACUUACAAAAAAUUGAUUAGUUUUAAGGGGUAAAUUUAAAGAAUGGAACAAUUGGUUAUAAAGAAAAUAGUCAUUGUAGUAGUAUUAAUGUAAGCAAAGUAAUAUGAAAAUUAAAAAAAAUCUUGAAAGACUGACAAUUGGACAUAUUGAAAAGGUAUUUUCCUAAAAAAUCAUUCAGAUUGGCUUUAAUGUUAUCGUUUAAAAGAAAAAUUAAAUAGUCAUUGAGCGUUACUAAUUUAUUUCUAACAAUGGACUUGUAGAUAGUUUAGGUAAUAGGUACUUCUGAAUAUACAGGGACUGUUUCGAGAACUUCAUUUUAGCACCGGUAAAUAUCUUUCAACUGUAUAUAAAGAUAAAAAUAUGGGAACUUAUUGAAUUAUUUAUUGACUUUAGAUUUUAUAAUGCUAUUUUGAAAUAUCUGUUGGAAAGUAUCCGUUCAGUUUUUACCCGUGGAAGGAAUAAAUAUUCGAGAAAAUUUAGUCACAAAUUAUCCAACACAAAUCGAUUUAAAUACUGUCUGCUUUUACAAUCUAGUACAAAUCAGAAGCGGGAUCGUCAAAGCUGCAAUUACAAACUGUCAAUCAUGGACCCACAAGUUUACAAUCCUUAGAGGCAGUUUUAUUAUCGUUUUUGUCGUAAUAAAUUUUUGGAAAUGAAUUUUUUUUUCUACAAACGGUAUUUAAUAGUAGCUUCUCAGUUGUUAGUUUAACUCUUCUUAGCGCGUGGUUCAUUUUGUCCACUAUUUUGUACCCAUUAAAGUAACACUAACAUUCUGCCCCUGAUUUAAAGAAAUAUCCAAGUUUAAAAAUUUUUGCUAGCAUCAGUUUCCAUUUUUGUGCUUUUUUUAUUAACUCAAUUAGCAUUUUUUGACUUUUAUU